GAAAAAACUAUCAAAAUAAUGAGCCAAACAGAUUACACGACUAAAUCUGCUGAACUCUUAUCCGUUUCAUCUAAAGGCAAGGGGCCUAAUUCACAUCAACUGGUUCAAACCACUUCCAUAACAAGCAAUAUUCAAGAUAACUACGCCAUUCAGCUACGAUAACACUUGUUCUUUUACUGCUCCCAAGUCCCGUGGUGCUACAUUAGGACAUUCCGAAGUUUCAACAUCUUGGAAUGGCUGAAACAACUGGAUUCUACUUUCAAAACUUGCAAAAGGUACGCAGUUUUAAGUUACAAAGUUUUUCCAGUCUCAUCAACUAACUACUGUAAUCAUUACCGGUACCUAGGAUUUCUAUACUAGGAAAGAUUUCAUACGUUAAAACUUUGAAAAGUCUGUCCAUCAAGAGGAAACUGUCCUCCAUUUCUCGUUGACAUUGCAUAAAUAUAUCUUAAACAACAUGGUUUUCAACUCUGGAAAGCCGGAGGACUGGUAAUUUCUUCGGAUAGAAUGGAAAAACUAUGCGAACCUACGUUAUAUGGCAAUGAGAACAAAAUGUGAAAAGGUUUCAUAAAACAGUUUCUAACAUGCUUAUAUAGGUCUAACAAGGUUGCUGAUUGGAAACGACAUUAACAGAAUGCAAUGAACUUGAAAUAUGAACCUAAAGAGAAUGUCAAAGUCACAAGUUUUACCAGGAAAAUGGACCUAAUUUCCAGGUUCAGUCCUAUAUAAACCUCAUAGCUUGUCACCCUUCUGCAAACCAACCAUUUCCUCGUUUAUCCUCCCCACAUUUGCAAGCUACAUUCUUUAGAUGUCGCCCCUAAAAUGUCUCUUGUUCUUUUCGGCGCUUUUUCUUGUCGUGCAAACAUUUGGAAAUGCUGAGACAUGCUCCGACUGUUUCACCCACUCCAGAGCUACUUACUACCCCAAUUCAGAUGAAAAAGGAACGGAAGGUAACAAUUAGAUCAAAAUGUACAAUAAGAUAUUAAUCCUCGCAUCAUGCAUUUAUCAGUUUAAGCAACAUGAUAUUAUGCAUGUCGUUUUUCACUUUAUUCAUGAUCUGACAUAAUAACUGCAGUUGGUGAAUGUGGUUAUGGUGCAUUUGGAGCAACAAUCAAUGGAGGAGAUGUCUCGGCUGCAUCAGACCUAUAUCGAGGAGGUGUAGGGUGUGGUGCCUGCUAUGAGGUGAUUUAAACAGCUGUAAUUAGUUAGCCAUAGUGGUCAGAACAUGAAAAUCAGAGUUCUUUUACAUUUUCUCCAUUCAUGUGUGCAACCUCUAAAUAUGCUGUUCUUCAUCAGGUGAGAUGUACAAAUAGCUAUUACUGUUCGGAUAAAGGAGUCACAGUAGUUAUAACUGACCAUGGAAGCAGCGAUCAUACUGACUUCAUUCUAAGCAGGCGAGCCUUUAGUCGGAUGGCACAGAACACGGAUGCAGCAGCCUCGCUGCUAGCCCUUGGAAUAAUCGACAUAGAAUACAGAAGGGUCCCAUGCAGCUAUCCAAACAGAAACAUUACAUUUAAGAUUGACGAGAGCAGCAAUAAUCCUCAUUAUAUGGCUUUUGUAAUUUGGUACCAGCAAGGAGAGAGUGAUAUUACUGCUGUGCAACUCUGUGAGACACAAACUUUCGAAUGUAAGUUACUGGACAGGAGCCAUGGAGCAGUGUGGACAACUACUGCACCCCCCAGUGGACCCUUAUCAAUAAGGAUGCUAUUCAGUGCUGAUGAUGAAGAUGAGAAAUGGGUAGUUCCAUCAAAUAACAUACCUGGAAACUGGAAACCUGGAGAUAUAUAUGAUGCAGGAGUACAAGUAGAUGCCUAGCCAAACAGACUGAAAGUUGUCAAUAUUUGGUUACUGCAUACUAGUUUCUUCAAAUUGAAGGACAAUAAUUUUUUUCAUUGUAUUGCCGUAGACUGAUAUAAAUCACAAGAAGAUCACAAGUUGGUGAUUUUGAUUUAUUUUCCACCAUUAAACAAAGAAAAUUGAUACCUUUCCAACUAUCUAGGCAACUUUGCUACACUGUAUGGAGAAUGGAAAUAAUGAUCUAUGAUAUAGUAAUCUACAUAAAAGUACCUUGUCAAUUUCUUCAUAGAUAAUGACCAAAAGCAUUUUAACUUAAUAGCCUCGUAGAUUGAAGUUGGAUAAGUGCUUCUCAACAUAUAGCUGGCAUUUGUCUCUAUACUUACCUACUUUUCACAUCUACCAGUAAUGAAUUUUUGAAAGAUAACAAGAUAGUGAUGAACCACGUCUCACCUACAGUAGCUUCAGACACUUGUAUACACCGCUUUUUAAACUGAAGGAGAUUAUAGUUACUCAAGGGAACUGCAUUAUCACAGCAAUGAAAACCACCCUUGAUGAUUCAUCCAGAGGCCAGGCCAAGAUAUUUUUAGAUCACUCCCUUCCGAUUGCAAAUCUUAGAACACAAAAUCAUUCCGAUAUUAAGAGUAGAUAGCAGAGUUUAAAGCAAACACUAUGUUUCUUGAUAAGAAAUAUCCGUUAAAUUGGCAGAUUCACUCUCUUCUAUAAGAAAGUUUUCUUCUUGUGAUUCAACUAAUCAUGAAGGAAAUGUCCAUACUCUCCUUUUUACCACAACCACCAAAUUUAUACAGUCUGGUUAGGACAACUUUAAUUUUGUACCCAUUUCUCUCAACAUUGAGUACAAAAUCCUCUUCUUAUGGGCAGACUUAUUUCUCGAAUGUAAAUCAAAAUUUGAGUCUGUGACAGAUGACAUGCUAGACCCAGCUAUCUUUUCUGCCCCCUUACCUUUCAUCAUCUUCCUGAUGUGCUCAACAUCGUCCCAUCUUCCUUCAGUAGCAUAGAUAUUGGAUAACAACACAUAUGGCCCCAAUUCCCCUGGUUCCAUCUUGAUUAAUUGCUUUGCAACAAUUUCUCCAAGUUUGAGUCUGGAAUGCGAUCGGCAUGCAGAAAGUAAAGCCCCCCAAAGAGGCUUUCCAGUUUCUGCAGGAAUUUCCAUCACGAGUUCUUCGCAAUCUUUCAACAAACCUGCCCGACCAAGGAGAUCAACCAUGCAACCAUAGUGCUCAACCUUUGGUUCUAUACCGUAAACUCUUUGCAUUAAAUCAAAGUACCACCAUCCCUCCAGCACCAUUCCUCCAUGGUUACAUGCGCUCAAAAUGCAGGUAAAAGUUGCAUCAUUUGGCAUCACUCCCCUCUUCUGCAUCUCCAUAAACAACUCAAGGGAUUUGUCUCCUUGCCCAUACAUUCCAUACGCUAUUAUCAUAGAAUUCCAUGUCACGACACUUCUCUCUGGCAUUUCAUCAAAGAUCUCUUCUGCCAAAUCAAUGGCUCCACACUUGGAGAACAUGGAUAAAAGAGUAGUCAUAAGCAGAACAUCUGGCUUGAUACUUGAACUAGAUUUUAUAUAUGAAUGGAUCCACUUACCUCUAUCAAGCUUCCCCAUUUGUGCACAGGAAGUCAAAACACUUACAAGUGUAGCCUCAUUAGGUUGAACAUUCCCUAGAUCCAUCAUUCUAUCAAACAAUUUCAAGCACUCGUCAUAAUCCUUCAACCUCACAUAAAGAGCCAACAUAGUGUUCCAAGAAACCACAUUCCGUAUACUCAUUUGAUUAAAGAACAACCUUGCUCCAUCUUUCUCUCCAAUCUUUGCAUACCCUUCAAUCAUACAGUUCCAAGAAACGAUGUCUCGGUAAGGCAUCUUUUCAAAUAAUUCUUUUGCUGCAAUCAUGUCUCCAAUCCCCGCAUAACCUGAAAUUAUUGAGUUCCAACUGAAAAUGUCCCGUUCUUGCAUCCUAUCAAAAAGAACCCGGGCAAUAGUUACUUCUCCGUUCUUCACAUAUCCGUCAAUCAUGGUAUUCCAAGUAACCAAAUCUGAGUCAGAACUCAUAUCAAACACCUUCCUUGCAUCUUCAACUCUAGAACAGACUGAAUACAAAUGGAUCAAAGCAUUUCUCACGUACAAAUUCCAUUGAAACCCAAAUUUCACAGCUUGACCAUGAAUCUUUUCACCAUGUUUCAGUGAUGCCAAAUCAGCACAGGCCUUAACCACUGUAGGAAAAGUAUGAUGAUUUUGAAAGAUACCAUUUUUAAGCAUCCCAUCAUAGUAGAACGCCAAUGCUCUCUCCGGGCUGUCGAAUUUCAGAAAACCCCUAAUGAUGGUAUUACAUAAAAAUGCAUCAGGGUUUUCAAGAUUGUUGAAUAAUUUGACAGCAAGGGGAAGAGUAGCCUGAAAAGAACAGAGCUUUUUAAUUGCUCUGCUGGCAGCAAGGGGAUGUUCAAUUAGGCCUAAAACAAUCAGGUGAGCAUGAACUUGGUUGAAAUGGCGUAAAUUGGGACCGAUUGACUCCAAAAUCUGCAGGACCGGAUGGCUAAGCUGCAAAAUAGGCACCCCAUUAUUGUAUUGGGCAUUGAGUUUUACUUCAUUCGUGUCUGCCCAAAGUUUGGGCUUUGGUCUGGAGAGAUUUUUCUGGGUGGCAAUGAAUUUUUCAAGAUUUCUCGUGGAUAGAUUUAACGGAGCUGUAGAAGGUUUGAGACGAAUGUUCAUAGUUUUCUCUUUUCUGUUAGCAUUUGGCGGGAAUGCCCAGCAUGUAUCUCUCCCUUCUGCUUACCCUGAAGCCUAGAGUAUAAUCUUUUAC